UUUCACAUAUACCUUGUACAAUAUAGUUAUAUAAUUUUUUCUUUAGAAAAGUUUCCAAACACAAUGGAAAAAAGUUUUUACUGACCAAAACAGAUUUGCAAAGUUAAAAUCUAAUACAAGAAAAAAAUAAUACCACAAACUCAACCUACUACUUCUAUCACAAUGAAUGGAACGUUAUGGUGUCCAAACUGUAAAAUAUUCUUUUGUUUUUGUAAAACAUCUUUGGAUAGGCAUGAAGAUCGUUUACCAGACUUGUAGUGUUAUGAAACCUUACCUAACUCUUAAGGCUUUCGAUGAUCCUCUGAUUCCAUACACAGUGAGAGGACAUAAAAGAAUAAAGCACUCCCUGGUAACUAAUGAAGAAUUUACUUAUACGGACCAGUAUGGAUCCCUAAUAUGGGAAUGGAAUCCAUACCAUUCACAACAUUUGGUAUGGGCGCGAUAUAAUGAUGCGGUUACUAGGGAGUACUGGCGACGGGUACGAAAACACCUCAAUUAUAAUCUUGAACUUUAUAAAUUUUAUAGAAUAUUAAAAAUCGUAUUUGUUAAAUAAAUUUAAAAUAUAUAAAUC